AUGUAUACGCCCCGUAACACCUCAUUCUCACGCGCCGCCGAUUCCCUCGCUCAUUUCGAUGCAUCACCAAUGCAGUACUCCACCACUCCUCAUCCUCCUCCUCAGCAUCAUCACUGCCCUCAACUCGCCCUCGCCGAGUUAGACUCGCUGCACGACUCUCUCUCCCAACUCAACUCGGAGGUGAGUUCGAAUACCAGCAGCGGGUGUACCAGCUACGUUGGAUCACCGAGUUCGCUGGUGAGUUACGAGACUCGACGAGCGUGCUUGAUGCAGAGGAGCGUUAGUAGCCAUUCUCUGCAGAAGAAUAAUGGGACCCACCACCCCUUUUCUCCUCUCUUUGCCGAGUUGCUGGACUCGGAGAACGGUCCAGUACGGAGAGUUUGCAGUACCGGUGAUUUACAGAGAUUCAAUGGGAUGCAACAUUAUCAUCAGUCUGAUAGCCCGUUGUCAAGCGAAAGUAGUAUGAUCAUAGAAGGAAUGAGCAGAACUAGUCCUUAUAGCCCAGAAGAGAAGAAGGUGAGGAUUGAGAGAUAUAGAAGCAAGAGAAACCAGAGGAACUUCAGCAAGAAAAUUAAGUAUGCUUGCAGGAAGACAUUGGCAGACAGCAGGCCACGUAUCAGAGGAAGAUUUGCUAGGAAUGAUGAAAUUGUAAUGAACCCUCCAGUUCAGUGGAGCCAUAUCAGCACUGGAGAGGAAGAGGAUGAAGAAGAAGAGAAUUGGGUCAACUUCUUUGAUACAUUAGUUCCUUCAAAUCUUGCUCAGGAGCCUCAAGGCAGUUCCUCCUUUGGUGUGUUUUAUUAA